AUGGUGGCACAAACGGAGAAGCGUCUCUUAUGGCAUCCGGGACGCGAAAACAAGUUUGUAGUUGGCGGUGGAACCCAGCUUACUUUGUACGAGUGGGUUCCAGAGUCUUCGGAAAUCAAGCAGGUCACUUCGCAGCUCGACUUGACACUCAUGAAGUGCUUCGCAUGGUCUCCAGAUAAAACAUUCGAUGACCUUGUCGCAGUCGGACUGAGUAACGGACGUGUAGAUCUCAUGCGACUGGAGGCGACCAAGUAUGCGCGAGAUCACGUCUUGUCGAGCGGUCCUUGUGUAUCUCUUCCAGCACGCAAUUCUCGCUCGUGCAAUGCCCUCGCAUUCUCCCCUGUUGAUGCAAAUUAUCUUGCGGUUGGGCUAGACAAAGUGCGCAAUGACUCCAGUCUCGUCAUCUGGGACAUUCAUACCGCCACACCGUCACUGUCCCUCGGACCUACUGUUCCCUCUGCUACAACGCUGAAUGCCCCGCUUCCUACCGUCCGAUCACAUUCGCAUAUCCCUCGUGGAGACGUCGGCCCUCGUGCUGACUCACGAAUUUUGCAACAGCACGCUCCCGCAGACACCGUCUCCUCCGUCGCCUUUCUUCCACAUUCACCCACGUUAUUACUGGCAGGAAUCUCACACAGAUGGCUACGUCUAUUUGAUUUGCGCGACCCACUUGCAGCUCCGACGACGGUCGCAAGUAAGGUGCAUGGGAUAGCGACCGAUCCGCUCGAGCCUCACCGUAUCGGCUGCUUCGGCGAGGGCGUCGCGACCAUCUGGGACACACGCCACCUCACACAGCCACUGUUAACAUUCACAGAAAAGGACGCAUCUGCUGACGGUGCGAGAGCGCGCCCGAGCUCUGUCUUUGUUACUAUGGAAUUUUCGAGCACCCGUAGGGGCGUCCUCGCGACGCUGGAACGUGACGCACACCACGUUCGUUUCUGGGAUCUUCAGCAGGCAGCAACUGUGGAGUUGCACACGUCACCGAGCGAACGCUCCCGAGAUUCGUCACAAUCAGGUAAGGUAACGCGCUCGUGGACGAAUCCGUCAAGCAUGCUUCCGUGGACCGGGUCCAGUUUGAGCUCUAGCCAUACCUCGCAAGCUCGUCCGACCAGCGAACAUCAAGCCGAGCCAUAUUAUCUUAUGCUGUCAGACACACGACGGACUAAGGCGUUUUCUAAGCCACUCUCGUCUUUCGCUCUUGUUCCCAGCACAGAGACCCAUCCGCUAACGUCGAACAUACUGGUCGUGAACAAGGAGGGUGAUCUAGAGCUAUACGCGGUGCACGAUACUCCGAAACACACCCCAUGGAGUGUGCGGGGCGACCUCGCCAUCGGCAUCGGAUGUUCAUAUCGAAUUCUUCCUGGCUUCCACGAGCUUGGACCUCCUCCGGAGCCGUGGGACAUCCUGAUGCAGCCUUCCAUUCCCGGCUCCAAAGCCCAAUCGGUAGACAGGAAUGUUCGCGAUGAAUCCUCUGUACGCGGACGUGGGGGCCAUGGUACACCUGCCCCCACAUUUGGGAGAGGCGACGAGGAUGGAUUCCCGGCUCUCCCUGCGAGAACCCCAACAAAUCUGGCGGCAACGCGCCCUGGGAGGAGCCGGACGUAUAGUCCUGCCGCGCUUCGAAACUUGCACUUUGAGCAUUCGGCGGUGCCAAAGACCGACGUGCAUCCACCCGCUCUACUGUCUGUGCCCAAAGGCGAAUACGCUCUUCCUCUGAAUGGUGGGAGUCAUAAAGAGAGGCGUACUUCGUCGCGGCAUACAAAAGACUUGUCUCCUGGGAAGUCCUCCACAGGGAUAACGAUACAGCACGUUGUCGAAGAGGAUGUUUCUAUGACCAUGCGUCGUAGAGUAAUCCAAGGAUAUGGAUUAGUCAAUCCUUUGCACAACUCUAUUGUUGCCAGAGAUACCUCAGACGAGCCCAUACUUGCAGAACUCUGGCUUUGGAUACAUCAUGCACAACGGCUGCUAUCCGACCCAACGCCGCGCCUUGAAGGGUACAACUUCGCGUACCAAGGACUGUCGGGCAUCUGGGAGGGCCUCCGCUCUUCUCAAAGCUCGUCUUCUGCACACCCGACCCCCCGCAUGCCCCAGAGAAGCAUGCCUCUGGAUUCGCCUACGCUGGCGAUGUCGACACUCGCAUCUGAAUCGCACGUCACGCGAACGACUUCGCGACGUGCCACGCGUCGGCGCAGCCACCCACCCGCACCCGCUAUCCCGGAAGAUUUCCUUGCUGCUAUAAAGACGCUCAAUGAGAGAUGCGCGACAGACCGGUCGUCCUGGCAGCCUUCGGCGACCACGAGCAAAUUGAGCCAGAGGCAAUUCGCAUUGCAGCUAUGUGGGUGGAGUCUCUGCCAGGAUGAUCUGGCUCAUGCAAUCAGAAGGUGGGAAAAGGAGAACAGGCAUUCGCAAGCGGCGUGUUGGCUGGUAUUUACUGAUCAGCACAAGAGCGCGGUCGAUCUUCUAAUGCGGAGCAAGGACGAGUCCCACCACAUGAUGUCAGGGAUGCUCGCUGCGCUGGCGCCAUCCGCCUCAAAUUUCCCAUCCAGAAAUCACGAACUGAUCGCACACUGCGAGAAGCUCAUCGUCCGUCUCCAGGACCCGUACCUGCGCGCGAUGCUAACAUACCUGACACUGCGAGACUGGAGCGAAGUGCUACUGGAAGAAGCACUGCCGCUGCGCGAGCGGCUCGCCAUCGCCUUCCAGUUCCUGGACGACCGGGAGCUCUCGGCGUACCUCCGCCGCGUCGCGGACCGCUGCUGCCACGACGGCGACAUCGAGGGCCUCGUAGUCACCGGCCUGACCGCAGUGGGGAUGGACAUCCUCCAGACCUACCUCGACAUCACCGGCGACAUCCAGACCGUCGCGGUCCUGUCUGCCCUCUCCCCUGCCCGUGCCCAAGACGCGCGCGCACGGCGGUGGCUCGACGCCUACCGCGACCUGCUGGACGGCUGGCGGCUCUUUCACCACCGGUGCCAGCUCGACAUCGACCGCGGACGCAUCCUGCAGGAGGCGAUCGCGCACGCAGACAUCGCGCCGUUCGAGUGGGCCCCGCGCCAGAUCGUGCUCCGCUGCAACUACUGCGGCGCGCCGAUGGACCCGCCGUUCGACGCGACGCACCACCCGCGGGCGACGGCGUGCCCGCAUUGCAGCCGGCCCCUGCCGCGCUGCUCGAUUUGCCUCAUGACGCUCAGCAUCGUGCAGGACACCGCGCGGAACGCCGCACUGGCGCGCUCGGAGGCGCGAGAUACGAUCGACGACGCGCUCGUGUUCUGUCAGACGUGCCGCCACGGCGGGCACGCGUCGCACAUCCUGCAGUGGUUCUAUGGCGAGGACCGCGCGCGCACGCACGGGACGUGUCCCGUCGCCGGCUGCGACUGUCGGUGUGCGGAGGAGUUCUAG